CUGAAACUGCCUCGAAACGGGCUUCCAUCGCCUUUUUGCCUUUCCUCCGCUACCCGUUUGUCUUAAAUGUGUAAAGCUAGCGGGCAAGAUAAAAAAAAGACUGGUUUGGUUUCGUAACAUGCGGUGCUGCACUGAGAGCAGCGCGGAAAGAUCUGUUUCAAGGAUGCGGAUUUAACGGAAAGACGUUAUCAGUGUCACCUGGGAUUUUAACCGUUAAAUUUGAAAUAGCUUAGACGAAUGUGUCGGUAGUGAGGGACGUUGUUUUUCAUGCCUGGUGAAAUACCCUGUUUAGUGACGCGGUAGAGAAAAAAAAAUCGACUGCCUCCUUGCCAGAAGAGAAAAAUAAGGGGUUGAAUGCGUUUUCCCGUAGCCUGGACACCAUGAGCACCAUCUCACCGACCGACUUUGACAGCUUAGAGAUCCAGCAGCAGUAUAAUGACAUCAACAACCGCUGGGACCUGGCAGCGGAGACUGACUGGGACAAUGAGAACAGUUCAGCACGCCUCUUCGAGCGCUCCCGCAUUAAAGCUCUGGCAGAUGAGCGUGAGGCUGUGCAGAAAAAGACUUUCACCAAAUGGGUAAACUCUCACUUAGGCCGUGUGACCUGUCGCAUUGGAGACUUGUACACUGACCUGCGUGAUGGCCGCAUGCUAAUCCGCCUGCUGGAAGUUCUCUCAGGAGAACAGCUGCCAAAGCCCACUAAAGGCCGCAUGCGUAUCCACUGCCUGGAGAAUGUUGACAAAGCCCUGCAGUUUCUUAAGGAGCAGAAAGUCCACCUGGAAAACAUGGGCUCCCAUGACAUUGUAGAUGGGAAUCAUCGUCUCACCCUGGGUCUCAUCUGGACGAUCAUCUUACGCUUCCAGAUCCAAGACAUCAGUGUAGAGACGGAGGACAACAAGGAGAAAAAGUCUGCUAAAGAUGCCCUGCUGCUCUGGUGCCAGAUGAAAACUGCUGGAUACCCCAAUGUCAAUGUCCACAACUUCACUACCAGCUGGAGAGAUGGCCUGGCGUUCAAUGCCAUCGUGCACAAACACAGACCUGACCUGAUUGAGUUUGAUAACCUGAAAAGGUCCAAUGCCCACUACAACCUCCAGAAUGCUUUCAAUGUGGCAGAGAAGGAGCUGGGGCUCACCAAGCUGCUGGACCCAGAAGAUGUCAAUGUUGACCAGCCAGAUGAGAAGUCCAUCAUUACCUAUGUGGCGACCUACUACCACUACUUCUCCAAGAUGAAGGCCUUGGCAGUGGAGGGCAAAAGAAUUGGCAAGGUGCUGGACUAUGCGAUCGAGGCUGACCAGCUGAUAGAAAAGUAUGAGACCCUGGCCUCAGAGCUGCUGCAGUGGAUUGAGCAGACCAUCCUGACACUCAAUGAUCGGCAGCUAGCGAACUCUCUGAGUGCUGUGCAGAACCAGCUCCAGGCUUUUAACUCCUACCGCACCGUGGAGAAACCCCCUAAAUUUACAGAGAAAGGCAACCUGGAGGUUCUGCUCUUCACCAUCCAGAGCAAAAUGCGAGCUAACAACCAGAAAGUAUACAUGCCAAGGGAGGGCAAACUCAUCUCAGACAUCAAUAAGGCAUGGGAACGCCUUGAGAAGGCAGAGCAUGAACGUGAGCUGGCACUGAGGAACGAGUUAAUUCGCCAAGAGAAGCUGGAGAUGCUCGCUGCUCGUUUUGAUCGCAAAGCUGCUAUGAGGGAGACAUGGCUGAGUGAGAACCAGAGGCUAGUGUCUCAGGACAAUUUUGGAACAGACCUGGGAGCAGUGGAAGCUGCUACUCGUAAACAUGAGGCCAUUGAGACAGACAUCGGGGCAUAUGGGGAGCGUGUGGCUGCAGUGGAGGCUGUUGCCAGGGAGCUGGAGGCAGAGGGAUACCAUGAUGUCCGGCGUAUACUCGCACGAAGGGAUAAUGUGCUUCGACUGUGGGAAUACCUGAAAGAGCUUCUGGCUGCACGCAGAGAGCGUCUGAAUUCCCAUCGUGAUCUACAGAGGCUGCUUCAGGAGAUGCGCUAUAUCAUGGACUGGAUGGGAGACAUGAAGGGUCGCCUGCAGUCCCAGGACUGUGGAAAGCAUUUGCAUGAUGUGUUGGACCUGCUGCAGACACACACUCUGGUGGAGGCUGACAUAUCAGCCCAAGCAGAGAGGAUCAAGGCCGUGCAGGGAACCGCACAGCGCUUCACUUCCUACGAGCAGGUGUAUAAACCAUGUGAGCCAGCACUGGUUAGUGAGAGAGUUGACCUGCUGCGCCGGGCCUAUGAGGAGCUCGGCCAGCUUGCAGGGCAACGCAGGGUGCGCCUGGAGGACUCAAGGCGGCUGUGGCAGUUCCUCUGGGAGCUUGGAGAGGAGGCGGCCUGGAUCAGAGAGCAGGAGCAGAUCCUGGCUGGUGGAGACUGUGGACGUGACCUCACCUCUGCCUUGCACCUGCUCAGUAAGCAUGAGGCCUUCAGGGAUGAGAUGGCAGCCCGUUAUGGUCCUCUGGGUCACAGCAUUGCUGCAGGGGAAGCUUUGGUGAAUGAGGGACAUUUUGGAGCCCCUGAGGUCACUGAAAGGAUCCAGGACAUCCGUGCUCAGUGGGCACAUCUGGAAGAGUCAACCCAGCUUCGGGAGCAGCGACUCAAGGAAGCAGUGGCCUUGCACCAGUUUCAAACAGAUGCCAAUGACAUGGAGGCUUGGAUCAUGGAAACUCUCAGACAGGUGUCCAGUCAGGAAGUAGGCCAUGAUGAGUUCUCUACCCAGACUCUAGCUCGCAAGCAGAGGGAGGUGGAGGAGGAGAUCCAUAGCCAUCGGCCGGUCAUUGAUUCCCUGCAUGAACAGGCCCUGGCACUGCCACAGGCUUACAUACGCUUCCCUCAGGUGGAUGGUCGUCUGCCUGCAAUUGAGCAGCGCUAUGAGGAACUGGAGUCUCUGUCAGCCGCUCGGCGCCAGGCUUUGGAAGGCGCCCUGGCUCUCUACCGCAUGUUCAGUGAAGCUGGUGCCUGCUUGCUCUGGGUGGAAGAAAAGGAGCAGUGGCUAUAUGGCAUGGAAAUUCCUACCAAACUAGAGGACUUGGAGGUGGUGCAGCAGAGGUUUGAGACACUGGAACCUGAGAUGAACAACCUUGGCACCCGUGUUGCUGAUGUGAACCAGGUGGCUCAGCAGCUGCUAAGUUCUGACAACUGCAGCAAAGACCAAAUCCAUCAGACACAAGACCAGCUGAAUAACAGGUGGAGGGAGUUCCAACAGUUGGCUGGCCAGAAGAAACUAGCUUUAGAGUCAGCCCUCAACAUCCAGAACUACCACCUGGAGUGUAAUGAGAUCCAAACUUGGAUGAGAGAGAAGACCAAAGUGAUUGAAUCCACUCAGAGCUUGGGCAAUGACUUGGCUGGAGUGAUGGCUCUGCAGCGCAAGCUCACUGGCAUGGAGAGGGACCUGGAGGCUAUUCAGGGCAAGUUGGAUGACCUGAGAAAUGAGGCAGCAAAGUUGGCCAAGGAGCACCCAGAUCAGGCUGAGGAGAUCCAAGCCCGCCUGGCAGAGAUUCAAGAGGUGUGGGAAGAGCUGAAUACCACCAUGAGGCGCCGCGAGGAGUCGCUAGGCGAAGCCAGCAAGCUGCAAGGCUUCCUAAGAGAUCUGGACGACUUCCAGUCCUGGCUGUCCCGCACCCAGACAGCCGUGGCCUCAGAGGACAUCCCCACUUCACUGCCUGAGUCUGAGAGUCUGCUAGCCCAGCACGAGAGUAUCAAGAAUGAGGUGGACAACUACAAGGAAGACUAUGAGAAGAUGAGAGCGGUUGGUGAGGAGGUGACCCAAGGUCAGACAGAUGCUCAGCACAUGUUUUUAGCCCAGAGGCUUCAGGCACUGGACACUGGCUGGCAUGAACUGCGUCGGAUGUGGGAAAACCGGCACAGCCUGCUAGCUCAAGCUUUUGACUUCCAGACCUUCUUGAGAGAUGCAAAGCAGGCAGAGGCCUUCCUUAACAGCCAGGAGUAUGUGCUGUCCCACACAGAGAUGCCCAAUAGCCUUCAGGGAGCAGAGGAGGCCAUUAAGAAGCACGAGGACUUCCUGACCACAACAGACGCCAGUGAGGAGAAGAUCACUGGGGUGGUGGAAGCCGGACGACGCCUCAUUAAUGAGGGCAAUGCCAACUCUGAUAAGAUCCAGGAGAAAGCUGACUCCAUCCAGGAGAGGCAUCAGAGGAAUAAACAGGCUGCGAAUGAACUGCUGGCGAAGCUCAAGGAUAACCGUGAACUUCAGCACUUCCUUCAAGAUGGACAAGAGCUAACAUUGUGGAUCAAUGAGAAGAUGUUGACAGCUCAGGACAUGUCAUAUGAUGAGGCCAGAAACCUCCACAGCAAGUGGCAGAAACACCAGGCAUUCAUGGCAGAGCUGGCAUCCAACAAAGACUGGUUGGACAAAAUUGAUAAGGAGGGCCAGGCACUGGUGAAGGAGAAACCAGAGCUGCAGCCUGUGGUACAGAAGACCCUGGAGGGCCUACAGCGCCAGUGGGAGGAGCUUGAGGGCACCACCCGCACCAAGGCCCAGUGUUUAUUUGAUGCCAACAGAGCAGAGCUCUUUACACAGAGCUGCUCCGCCCUGGACGUCUGGCUGAAAAACCUGGAGGGUCAGCUGCAGAGCGACGACUAUGGCAAGGAUUUGACCAGUGUCAACAUCCUGCUCAAGAAACACCAGAUGCUGGAGCACCAGAUGGACGUGCGUGAGAAGGAGGUGCAGUCCCUGCAGUCUCAGGCCCUGGCUCUGUCCCAGGAGGAUGCCGGACUUACUGAGAUAGAUGGACAACAGAGGCGUGUCACCGACAGCUUUUCCAAACUUCAAGACCCUCUCAAAAUGAGGAGACAGCAACUGCUUGCCUCCAAAGAAGCUCAUCAGUUCAACAGAGACCUUGAGGAUGAAAUUCUCUGGGUGAAGGAGAGGAUGCCUCUGGCCACCUCCACAGACCAUGGAAAAGAUCUUCCCACUGUGCAGCUGCUAAUUAAGAAAAACCAGACCCUGCAGAAGGAAAUACAGGGCCAUCAGCCUCGCAUUGAUGACAUCCACAGACGAGGCAGAACCCAGAGCCAGGUGGAUGGUGAGAGGCAGACUGCCCUGGAGGGCCGCCUGGUUGAGCUCAGGGACCUGUGGGCGCAGCUCAUUGCUGAGACAGAUGAGCGUCACGCCCGUCUCAUAGAGUCUAACCGAGCUCAGCAGUUCUACACUGAUGCAGCUGAGGCUGAGGCAUGGAUGGGAGAGCAGGAGCUACACAUGAUGUCAGAGGAAAAGGCAAAGGAUGAGCAAAGUGCACUAGUGAUGGUGAAGAAGCACCAGAUCUUGGAACAGGCACUGGAAGACUAUGCCCAAACCAUACACCAACUAGCCAACAGCAGCCGCCUCAUGGUCACCAGUGAGCAUCCAGAAAGUGAGAGAAUCACCCUACGGCAAGCCCAAGUCGACAAGCUGUACGCAGGGCUGAAAGACCUUGCUGAAGAGCGUCGUGGGCGGCUUCAGGACAGACUGAGGCUAACCCAGUUAAAGCGGGAGGUGGAUGACCUGGAACAAUGGAUUGCUGAGAGGGAGGUGGUCGCUGGCUCCCAUGAGCUGGGACAGGACUAUGAACACGUCACAAUGCUGAGGGACAAAUUCCGGGAGUUUGCUCGUGACACCAGCACUAUUGGCCAAGAGCGUGUAGAUGGUGUGAAUGGGUUGGCAGAUGACCUGAUUGAGUCUGGUCAUCCUGAGAAUGCCAGCGUGGCCGAAUGGAAGGAUGGGCUAAACGAGGCUUGGGCUGACUUGUUGGAGCUGAUCGACACACGCACACAAAUGCUGGCAGCCUCCUAUGAGCUGCACCGCUUCCAUCAAGAUGCCAUGGAGGCGCUUGGCCGUGUCCAGGAGAAGAGGGACGCACUGCCCUCCGACCUGGGCCGAGACCUGAACACUGUCCAGCACCUACACAGACAGCACAACACCUUCGAGCACGACAUCCAGGCCCUCAGUGGACAGGUAAACCAGGUACAAGAUGAUGCAGCACGACUACAGAAGGCCUACGCUGGAGAGAAAGCCGAGGAGAUUCACAGGAGCGAACACGCUGUUACUUCAGCCUGGGAGGGCCUGCUGGAGGCUGGCCAGGCCCGCAGACUCCUCCUGCUAGACACUGUGGAGAAGUUCCGUUUCUUCAACAUGGUGCGAGACCUCAUGCUCUGGAUGGACGGUGUCAACCUGCAGAUUGAUGCCCAUGACAGCCCCAGGGAUGUGUCCUCUGCAGGGCUGGUCAUUGCCAAUCACCAGGAUAUCAAGUCAGAGAUUGAGACCAGGGCAGACAGCUUCACUGCCUGUACUGAGAUGGGCCACACUCUCAUCAACAAUAAUCACUAUGCAGCUGAUGAGAUCCGGGAAAAAUUGGCCCAACUCCAGGAAAAGAGGGACAAGAUAAACAAGAAGUGGCAAGACAAGAUGGACCACCUACAAAUAGUGCUGGAGGUGUUGCAGUUUGGUCGUGAUGCCUACGUGGCAGAGUCAUGGUUGGCGGGACAGGAGCCUCUGGUGCGAGCAGCAGAGCUGGGCUCAAACGUGGAUGAGGUGGAGAGCCUAAUCAAGCGCCAUGAGGCCUUCGAGAAGCUUGCUGCAGGCUGGGAAGAGCGCUUUGUGCUGUUAGAGAAACUCACUACCCUGGAGGAGCAGGAGAUCCAGAGGAGGCGAGAGGAGGAAGCGAGGGCACGACGACCCCCUACACCUCCACCAGCAGAAGAAGUUGCACAAUCUGAGGCCGAGAGUCAAGCACAUGAAUCUGCAGCUAGGACCAGUCUAGACCAGACCACUCUUAAUCAGUCCGUUUCAGUGAAUGGAGUACACAGUGACAAUGACACAUCACAGCAGUCAUUAUCGCUAUCGUUGUCAGUGGGAAAGAAAUCAGAGCCUAAACGUGUGUAUAAGCCAAAGCAGCCGGAGCGUGGCUCUGAGUCAGAGUCGGUGAAUGGACCAGGCCGGGACAGCGGGUUGGCCUCCUCUCGCCUGGAUCCAUCUGCCACGUUACCGAGCAGGGGAGCAGAAUCUGAACCAGAGACCAUGGAGGGGAUGCUCUGUCGAAAACAGGAGAUGGAGUCCCACAGCAAAAAGGCAGCCAGCAGGUCCUGGCAAAAUGUGUACUGUGUCCUUAGGAAAGGAAGCCUCGGUUUCUAUAAAGACAACAAGAGCGCUAGCAAUGGCAUUCCAUACCAUGGUGAGGUACCCAUCAGCCUGGGAGAGGCUGUGUGUGAGGUAGCCCAUGACUACAAGAAGAGGAAACACGUCUUCAAGCUCAGGCUAGGAGAUGGCAAAGAGUACCUGUUCCAGGCAAAGGAUGAGUCGGAGAUGAGCUCCUGGAUCCGCUCCAUCCACUCCUCCAUUCCAUCAGGAGCAGGAGGAGAGUCACCCGGGGGCCCGCGGGCUCUCAGCCGAGCAAUGACCAUGCCUCCCAUCUCCCCCAGCUCAGGGGAGGCUGGAGGCGUAACCAUGCGCAACAAGGAUGGGAAGGAGAAGGAUCGCGAGAAGAGGUUCAGCUUCUUUGGCAAGAAAAAAUAAAACAUUUGUAAAAACUUUGAUGGAAUCAACAUUUGUCAAUUUCAACAAACUGAAAGUAAGAAAGGACAGGAAAGUACAAACCAGUCAUACAAACACAUUGCUCUCAGUGCUGGUCCUAAGGAGUUUGUCGACAGCUGUGUGGCUUACAUAACCUUUGUUUCCUCUCUGUCUCUCCCUCCAUCUCUCUUUCUCCCUAUUUAUCUGUGAUUUUCCUUCUCUCUUGCCCAGUCCAUAUUUCACAUUCAGCUGGACCCAACAAAUGAAAGCCCUGGUCCACAGGCAGUGUCAGAGCGUAUUAGUGUGGGUCACCAAAUAGAAGCAGAGUUGUUUAAGGAGUGGCAGUGGGAGGUUAAUAUUAGAAGGGCCAAGAGGUUGAACUAUCUCAUGGCUCCAGGGCAAUUCCAUUCCACUAAAUUGAUUCUUCUUUGCUGAAAAUAUUUUAUUUCAAUGAGUCUUGACGAGCCAUGCCUUUUCAAUGCCGUGUCACUAAUAGCAAUGAUGGAUGAUGGUAUUCCACUCUUUUUAUUCCUUUCCCCCUCUCAUACUGUCUUUGGGGAGGACCACAUCGCUCUCUUUUUCGUUCUUGGUAUUGAUGUUAUUAACCUUACCAAUAUUAUUGCUGUUAUUAUUAUUAUUUAUCUUUUGCUAUUGCUGGUUUGAGAAAAAGAGAAACUAAUAAAUUUGACAGUAGAUAAUCUUGAUUCAUGUUGUGGAGCAAAACAAAAAACUUGGUUAAACUAGUGGAGAAUGUUGGGCUUGCCCAUGUUUGUAUUGUUUUUUUUUUUUUUUUUUCUAGGAAUGACAGUUCAUGAGGUGUUUUUGAGAAAAAAAUAAAGCUCAAUAAAUUUUAGCAGUGUGCAGUAAGUGAUCACGAGUUUCACCAUUGGGAAAAUUAUAUAUAUAUAUAUUUAAAGUGGUUUUAUUUUUUAUUUUAUCUCUAAUUUUGCCUGUAUUGGAUCAUUUCUUUUGAGUGAUCUUUUCUGCUUGAUUUUUGACUUCCUUUGUUUCUGUAUAAAGCAGAGAAGAUUAGUUUUCUAGUGAGUGUGUGUGUGUGUGUGUGUGUGUGUUUGCGUGCGUGCGUGCGUGCGUGCGUGCGUGCGUGAGUUGUGGUGCUGUGGAUUUUGCACGUUUAUGUUAUUUCAGAUCAGCGGUGGCCAGAUGAAUGCUGCUUUUCUUAUGGUACACAUGCACACAAAAACCAGACACAAACACAGGAGAAUACUAUAGGGAGGACUCUCUAAAACUGGCUUUUCUUUGCUUUGUUUUGUUAUGGAUAAGCAGACAUUAUCAAUGCACAUAACAGUCCUCCCAAAUGAUUUUGACAUUUCCAUCUCACUCUUCAAAUAAUCUACUUCCGUUCUCUCCAUAUAGUGCUGUAAAGGCAUGGGGCAGGUCGUAGAUCCAGAGCUAAAGCGCAUUCUCUGUGGCAGACUGUAGGGAGGCAAGCAGCAGGACAGACAGACGGUUAGAAGGUCUCAUUACAGGUGGGGUGAGGGGUGUGGAAGUGAGAUUGGAUGAGUGGUGAAGAAUGUGCUUUGUCAUGUGCUACCUGAGGGAGCGAGGAGUACUGAGCCUUGAACCCACCACUGCUAUACUGAACCGUUGUAGAAGCCCAGCCUUUCCCUCCAUUCAGACAGUCCCUAACCACUGAAAGGAAGCUUUAUUGUUCACAGUACAAAUGUGAGAAUGUUAAAAACAUGCCCCGUGGCAAUGAUCUAAUGUAUGUCGGUGGAUCAUGGAGCCAGGUACAAUAUGCGGACAGAUGUGUUGAAUUUGACCAUGGAUAGCUCUGCUCACUAGCGGUGACGGAGAGGGCACAGUCCUAAACUGUCUCUUAGACGAGCUCUGCGCUCUUGCAUACAUGGCAUGACUUCAUGUAGGGUUUUACUUGUACGUGUCUCAUUGUCGUGUCCAAACCUCUUCAGUGUUGAUGUUCUCCACGUACGCGAGAUCACUUCAUAUGCAGGGUUGGGUAGCAGCUGACUAUAUGUAAUGGGAUUACAGUAAUCAAAAAAAAAAAAAGAAAAGAAAAAAAAAAAAAGGUAAUGGCAAUCUGAUAUUUACUGUAAAAAGAUCAGGUGCUUUUGAAACCAAAUACAAAUGUUAGAUUCCUCAGAAACAUGUUUGAACAGACAAAAUAAAUUGUUUAGAUAGAUUAGACUGACUAUAGACAAUAGCCUAAUUGUAUACAUCUUCAAACAGUUUGUUGAUAAUUGUACUGUAACAUAAUUGGUAACUCAAAUUCAACUGUUAAACUGAUUUUUUAAAAGUAACCUAAAAGCCACAGGACAUAAUUGGAUUUCAUCACUGAGUUUAGCAUUCUUGUGGAUUAUUGGACUGAUUACAGUAUCAAACAGGUUAUCAGUAAUAUGUAAUGGAUUACAUUUUGAAAGUAUCCUUCCCAGCCCUGGUAAUAGCAUGGCAUGAUGCACCAUGAAGUCCAUAUAGUGGAGGGUGGAUCAGUACACAGGAAUGCCAUGGUGGACCAAAAUGAUAACACACACACACACACACACACACACAAAGACACGGGAAACAAAUUUGCAUAUGGUUGCCGAGGUUUAAAACUGAUACAAAAUCUUAAGCAGUGACCAAAAUUAUUUUCCAGUCGCAAACGAAUUUGCAGCCAGAGGGGACAGCAUGGCUAUCUGGACCAUCGCUCCACUGAAAGACCCUUCUCACAGUUUGAUGUGUAGCAACUGUCCAAAUCAGAUAAGAGAAAUAUGUAAACAUCCAAGUGAGCUAACCAGUUUUGGGUGAGAAGUUUAGAGCGAUAAGCCCACACUUGAUCAGACUGACUGCCUUGUCUCUCUCGGUCGGUGGGGGGGUUUGUUUCUGUCCCAGCAGAGAGACGCAGUCCCUGGUUUCAGCCUCGCUUUGGUCCUGAAGUCACCUGCUAAACUAACAUCAGCCAAACAUGUUCACUACAGUAUUGGGAACAAAGCUAAUGAGCUCACUGCAUACAUGAGUGAGCCAACCUGAUCAGCAUUCACUGUGCACAAUUCCAAAUGGAAGUUUUAUUAUUAUUUUCCCCCCCCGCUGUGGAUGACCUGUUUUAGACAGACAAGCCAGUUAAUGUAAGUGAAUUCCAGUUUGAAAAAGGUCUACAGUGUAUUUUCUUAUCAGUUCAUUUGAAUGUUAAUAUUCAUUAACAAAUUAAUGUGGCCAAAUUGGUCAUGUGAAGCAAAAAUAUUUGACAUACUUGAUACACACAAGCUCUCUCUCUCUCUUUCACACACACACUCACAUACAAAAAUACUGUACUGUAUAUCCAAUGCAGAAUGACCCUGGCGAUCCAGUCUUGUGGUAAUUUUACUCAGCUGGCUGUGAUUCGGUGUUGCAUAUGGCAUCCUGUUAAAAUAACAUUGUGCUGCUGGUGAGCUUUGACCAGAAAAAGGAAAGUAUGUAUUAUUGAUGUCAAAGGGAUGAGGUGUUUUUUUGGUUAUGAGUAACUUGUAACAAUGGACUACUUAUGAAGAAAACAACCUUUUACUUUAUAAGUAGUAGACAUGAGUGAGAAAGAGGACUGGUGGCAAUCUGAGCUUCCUUUUUUUUUUAGGCAGGCAACAUGCUGUCUAGUGGGAGCUUGUAUUUUCUCAUCCAGUGGUCUGUCUUGCAGCAUUUGAUAAGCCUGUCCACCUAAAUUCAUUUUUCAUUACUUUUGACGAAUGUCUGUUCCUUCCUCUGUGAGUAAUUCAGAGUUGUUAAUACCACUACUAUUAUUAAUUGCUAUUAUUAUCAUUAUUGCUACUGUUAUUACUACUACUACUACUGUUACUAAUGCAACUUAUUGCAACAAUUAUAACUGCUGUCCAUUUUCAGGUACGUGUCUGUAAUACCAGACCCUUCCACACGAUGUCAGUGUGCUGUGGAGCAUUUUCAUUACAGAUCGAAAAUUAUGUUUGUUGACUUGUGUAUCUACAUCUAAUAUUAGGAAUAAUAAAACAUGGUUUAAUCAGAAA